GAAGCUCUCAGUCGCAUCAUCAGCACAUUAGCCAAUAAGAGUGAAGAGCUCCAACACUUCCUGGAUUCUGUCAACAGGACCCUGACAGGCCUGCAGGAGGAGUCAUGUAAGGUGAUGUCAGAACUUGAGGCGGAGCUUGAGCAGCUAAGCUCCGCCUUGGAGGAAAGAGGUGCUCAACUGCGUGACAUCAUAAGAGAAGAGAACCAGAGGAAAGAGGCGGAGCUUCAGCGGCAGAUUUCAGAUGGAAAAUUAGCUCUUUUGUCCUGUGAAGAGCUGCUGGAGUUCGCAAACCAAAGUCUGACCAUUACCAGCGAAAAAGACUUUCUCACGGCGGCAAAACAAAUCAAAGAACGGGUAACAAUGGCUCCGGCUUUCCGGCUGACGACUCGUCCCGUGGUCUCAGAAAACAUGUCGCAGUUUACUGUUGACUUCAGCACUGAGAGGGCGGGACUUCAGCAUCUUCACUUCCUGCCAGUCCCUAAAGCUCCAGAGAUCGACGUCUCCCGCUGCUUUGUCCGUGACAACGCCAUCACCGUUGCCUGGCAACCAGUCGGGAAGGUUGACGAUGACGGGGCCAACAACGYGCCGGUGGAACUCUACGAAGUGGAAUAUCGUCAAACCAACCAUGACGGCUCACUGAGAGCGUCCCCAGAGACAUGCUGGGACAGGAUGUGUGACAUCAGAGAGACACAGGUCACCAUCUCAGGUUUGAAGUUUGACUCUACGUUUGUUGUUGUUCGAGUUCGAGCAAAGAACAAAGCAGCUGCUGGAGAGUUCUCCGAGCCCGUCACCAUGGAGACCAGAGCUUUUCAUUUUGGAUUUGAUGCAGCAACGGCCCACGCUGAGCUGAAGGUUCAGGGCGACACGGUUACCUGGGAGUCGCAGGGGGCCAAAGGUCACGAUGCACGCCUCAGAGGCAAAGACAGUAAGAGCAGAAGUGCAACUCCGUCUCCCAAUAAGACGUCAGGAAGUCGAACGGGACGCGACCGAUUCGCUGGAGAGUCUUACACAGUGUUGGGUGACCAAGAGAUGAAUGGUGGUUGUUAUUACUGGGAGCUCCGCCCCCUUGCUGAUUGGAAAUCAUUUAGUGUGGGCGUGGCCUAUCGAGGCAGCUUGGGACGAUAUGACCAAUUAGGUAAGAGUCCCAGUUCAUGGUGUCUCUAUGCCAACCAAUGGCUGCAGAGCUCCCUCUCUGUCAAACACAACAACCGAGCCAAGGCGCUGGAUUGGCCACUCCCACAGCGAGUCGGAAUCUACUGUGACUACGAUGAAGGAGAUUUGUUGUUUGUUGAUGUCGAUCAACUUCGUCUUCUUCACAGCUUCAAAACAAAAUUCAGCCAACCGCUCGUCCCCGCCUUCACUGUGUGGUGCGGAGGAGUCGCUGUAACAACAGGGCUGCAGGUACCAAGCUUCAUGAGAAACUUCCUGUCGACCAAUCACAGCGUCAGCCUGUCGCAGCCAAUCAGUGAUCAGAGACUUGUUUCUGUCGCCACAUCAGAAAACUAUUAAUUUAAUAUCAGAACUAAAGACUUUUAUAGAUGUUUAAUCAAAUUUCUUGAAAUAGAAGUAGUAGAGGAAAUAGGUUUUCUUUUUCUUCUUGAAGUUUAUUUUUGAAAAGAGAUGUAAUGUAGUUUAAGAGGAAGUUGUUUUUGUCCUGUAUGAGAAUUUUAUUGUGAAAUGUUUAAAAAUAGUUUUUUUAUUUCCUGCUGACCUUUUGUUUCCCAAACUUCUCAUUCUGACCAAAUGACAGACUUUUAUUUUAUUUUUAUGUUCUUUCCUAACUGAUGAUCAGAAUCAGACAUUCAGUCAUUUUCUGUCAAGGUUUAUUUAACAGAAUAUUGAUUGUAACACAAACUAGAAACCCUUUGAGAGUGAACACCUCUGCAAAGACCCUGACUGUUAGGGUUAGAGCAGGGGUGGGCAACGCUGUCCUGCAUGUUUUACUUCUUCCUCUGAUUCAGCACACCUCAUUCAAUCACUGAAUUCCAUUCUCAGCUUCAGCCUAAGCUUGCUCCUCACCCAUACAUUCCAGUCAGAUGUGUUGGAGCAGAGAAACCUCUAAACAUGCAGGAUGACAUCAGCACAAAUCACUGUAUGACAUCACUAAAUCACAGUAUGACAUCACUAAAUCACAGUGACAUCACUAAAUCACAGCAUGACAUCAGUAAAUCACAGCAUGACAUCAGUAAAUCACUGUAUGACAUCAGUAAAUCACUGUAUGACAUCAGUAAAUCACUGUAUGACAUCAGUAAAUCACUGUAUGACAUCAGUAAAUCACAGCAUGACAUCAGUAAAUCACAGCAUGACAUCAGUAAAUCACUGUAUGACAUCAGUAAAUCACUGUAUGACAUCAGUAAAUCACUGUAUGACAUCAGUAAAUCACUGUAUGACAUCAGUAAAUUGCUGUAUGACAUCACUAAAUCCCAGUGACAUCAGUCUGUGGCUCUGUUGCAGUUUGUGUUUGUGUCAGAUGACAGAGCUGCAGCUCUGAGUAGGACUGACUAACAAGCCAACACUACCAAAUCCCUAACUGCCUUGGCAGAUUGUAUUUAUUUGGAAAAACAAUUAACAUUUAAAAUAAAAAUUUUAGUAGUUCCAAACA